CUUUCACAUCGCAGUGCCUCCUCAGCCCUCACCUAUAAUCUGUCAAGUCCGGUGCUGCAGGUAAACUGAUGGAGUGAUGGGGAUUUGCAGUGUUUUCUCUUUUCACACAUCUCCUCCUCUAAACUGGGAAGAUCUUUGAAUGGCAGCAGAUGUUCGGUUGUGACCUCACGUGCUGUGCAGAGACUACAGAAUCGGUGUCUCCCCACUUCUCGUGUGUUUUGCAUGAAAUCCCAUCUCGUUCAAUCACUGUCACAAAUCUGUUUCAUGCAAUCCUCCGUCUGUCACUCAACACCACGCUUCCUCCUCCUCCUCCUCUUCUUCCUCCUCCUUGCCUGGCAUCAGCCUAGUGUGAGCGUGCAUGUGUGCGCGCCCACCCUGUUCCAGCUGCUCCCUGUGAAAACAUCUCUGGCACAAAGCAGCCGCCUCGACGCGCAUCUCGUCCCCCUCUUCCUUCGUUUCUUCGGGGUUUAUCUCGCAGGCUCCGGCGACGGCCUUUAAUCGUUUUUCAGUUUCUUACCGUCAAAAUGAGUCGGGAUGUAAUGCCGCCCCGCCGUCGCUAGCUAGGCGGAAAAAUUCCUUCAACCAGCCCGCUGCUCGCUCCACUCACUGCGGGGUUGGCACCACAUUAGCAGAGGCGUCGCUUGGUGAGCUAGCUGGGACUAGCUAGCUAGCGACCGUAGCCGUCACGUCUGUCUUAGCUAACGUUAGCUAGUGUGGUUAGUUGCCGAGCGGAGGGUCGUGCAAUAACUAUUAUCACUAACGUUAGCUCAGUAGCGAGGACUGCCACUUUUUUUUCUAGCGUGAACUAGCUUGCUAGCGUUGCACAGAAAUCGACCGUUAACGGGUUUUGGAUGUCGCGACACUGCCGGUUUCGAACCACGGACUGCGAAGACAGAACCGGAGCACGGCGACAGGCGAAACCGAGGUAGAACCCGACCACAGAGUGAUAGAGGGGGGUAUCAAGUGGCUAAUCUGUUGCAGGCAUUUUUUUUAAACAUUAGCCCAGCGCUAAGGCAGAGCAUCCCAGGGAGGCCCCGCCGUCUCCCGACUCCCCUCCCCUGCCCGAGUCUCCAGCGAUCUGCCGAGAACACUCGGGUGAAGUCGCAGUUGUUCCCGGCCGGGGGGGCAACUUGACAGCGAGGCCCCUUUAGCUUAGUCUCCCCUCCCCCUCCACCCCAGUCCCGUCCAUCCAUCCUCCCUGCCUUCAAUCCGUCCAGCCCCGUGCAGACCGCCUCCUCCUCGCCCGAGACAGAAAGCGAGGGACCGGGGGGAUAAAAAAAAGAAGACGCAGCGAACCGUGGGCAAGUGUUUGUCGGGUCCCGUCUGAACCGGGCUGCCACAAGCAGAGGGGAUGACUCUGGAGUCCAUGAUGGCUUGCUGCCUGAGCGAGGAGGCGAAGGAGUCGAAACGAAUCAAUGCAGAAAUUGACAAACAACUCCGCCGAGACAAGCGGGACUCCCGGAGGGAGCUGAAAUUGCUGCUUCUCGGUACGGGAGAAAGUGGCAAGAGCACCUUCAUCAAGCAGAUGAGGAUCAUCCAUGGAGCCGGAUACUCAGACGAAGAUAAAAGGGGCUUCAUCCGGCUUGUUUACCAAAACGUCUUCACCUCCAUGCAGGCCAUGAUCCGCGCCACCGAGACCCUCAAAAUCCCGUACAAAUAUGAACAGAAUCGGUCUAAUGCCAUGCUCGUGAAGGAGGUGGACAUUGAGAAGAUCACUGGGUUUGACAAGCCCUACAUUUCAGCGAUCAAAUGCCUGUGGUCCGACCCGGGGAUCCUGGAGGCCUACGACCGCCGCAGAGAGUACCAGCUGUCCGACUCUACUAAAUAUUACCUUAGCGAUAUAGACCGUGUGACUGCGGAGGGAUACGUUCCCACCCAGCAGGAUGUGCUGAGGGUCCGUGUUCCCACAACGGGUAUAAUAGAGUACCCAUUUGACCUGGAGAACGUCAUCUUCAGUUAUCUUACCGAUCUGGAUCGUGUUGCUGAUUGCAACUAUCUUCCCACGCAGCAGGAUGUGCUCAGAGUGCGCAUCCCCACUACAGGAAUCAUAGAGUACCCCUUCGACUUGCAAAGCAUCAUUUUCAGGAUGGUGGAUGUAGGGGGUCAGAGGUCCGAGAGGAGGAAGUGGAUUCACUGUUUUGAGAAUGUCACCUCCAUUAUGUUUCUGGUGGCGCUGAGUGAGUACGACCAGGUCCUGGUGGAAUCGGACAACGAGAACCGUAUGGAGGAGAGCAAAGCUCUGUUCAGGACUAUCAUAACCUACCCUUGGUUUCAAAACUCCUCCGUCAUCCUCUUCCUCAACAAGAAGGACCUGCUGGAGGAGAAGAUCUCCUACUCACACUUGGUGGACUAUUUCCCAGAGUUCGAUGGUCCCCAGAGAGAUGCACAGGCUGCGCGGGAGUUCAUCCUCAAGAUGUUCGUGGACUUAAACCCCGACAGCGACAAGAUCAUCUACUCCCACUUCACUUGUGCCACGGACACUGAGAACAUCCGCUUUGUGUUUGCAGCUGUCAAAGACACCAUCCUACAGCUCAACCUCAAAGAGUACAACCUGGUGUGAGGGCUCAUGUACGACGCACAUCUCCUCCCCCAUUGCACAAAUGCACACCUCUCCUGGAGUGUGCGCUCAGCUCCACAUGCAUCAAACAACACAUCAUGCCGACUCACACAAAGACACACACUCGCACACACACACACACAGGACCCUUCCUUUCCUCCCCCAGUGCAGUACAUUCACAGAUCCUCCCAUCUGCAAAUGCCGCCCCUGCUCUUACACCAUAGCUCACCCUCCUCUUCUUCACUUGGCAGCUUGUUGUGUCAGAAUCCUCGCUCCUCGCAAAGCUGCUCCGUGUGUCAGAUAAGGCCCCGGCUGCCGGCUCUGGCACAUUUCAUCUGGCACACAAACCUUUCACACGGGCUGUAUAGUGACUGAAGGGGACUUUCAUGUGUGUGUUUUUGUGUGUGCGUUUGUGUUUGGCGCAGCAUUGACUGGCAAGGAGCUGUGUUUGGGUGACCAGCGGCAUCAAACCCUCUUUUGGCCUACGGAGUUGAUGAUGAGGUUGGCGGUUUGAGAUCAGAUCCUCUGUCAUCUCCUUUCUGAGCUCCUGCCGGCGUGGAAGGAUGCGAACAUUGCAUCUCCUGAAAACACCCGAGGACCAGUGGCUGAGCGCUGAAGGACAGAUACUGCAGAGUGAGUCGUACAGGAUGUGAGGACGCAAGGGGAUGGGGCUGAUGAUUCUGUCUCCACCUCGCAUCUAUGAAUGUACCCACAAUUGAGAAAAAACAAAAGGAAAAAAAAUAGAAAUAUAUAUAUAUAUAUAUAUUAUGAUGUAAAUGCAUAUAUAAACACACUUAAGACAAAAAGCAUGAGAGGGCAAGACAUAGCUAAUCAAAAUUUAUUCGUUGCUGAGAUUUUUUUUAAUGUUUUUUUAAUGAUAGAGAUCUGUUGCUACUUCUAUUAAACGGAUAAUAGCUACAUGGGAUGGCGAUAAGAUAAGGGGAGAAAUCAAUUUAAAAAAAAAAUUUGGUUUAAACAAACAAAGUCAUCUUAAAAAGAAGCGACCAGAAAUUUACUUGACAUAAGGAUCAUUUUAAGAUAUCUGUAAUUUUGUGUUUAAGGUAAUCACAUGGCUUCCCUCCAGAUGUUUUCUGUAUGGAUUCACAUGGACAAUCUUCUGUGUGUCCUAUGCACUGAUAUACAAUGACCCCCCCCACACACACACACACACACACACACACACCCUUAGUACAAAAACACCUGUAGCGUGUGAGAGGACCCUGCUCUCCACACAGGCGCCGCUCUGAUUGGUGGAAGCGAAUAUAGAGGGUUAACCGGGGUCAUCAGUAGGCAUCACCCCACAGAGCACAUCUGCAGCUCGGGCUGCAAGUAGCUUAUUCAACUAAAUAGAAGCUGGUAAUUAAACGCGCCCUGGAUGUGUGAGGAGAAUCCAUGUGGUAACAUCACUGAUGACGUCACACCUUGGGUCACUCAGCCGUCCAAUCAGACACACUUCCUGAUGGUGACCUAGUCAUCCAUUAUAUCGGAAUGUGCCUAUGUUCAUUUUUUUUUUUUUUACUGUAUAGUCACUUUGUUUAUAAAGUGCUGUUGAGUAGUGAGAGGAAGGGGAGUGGGGGCAAUGAUCCUUUCACAGAAAACGCACUCUGAAGUCUGCUAACGUUGUUUGUGUAUAUUUGUUUGUAAAUACAUAUACACAAAACACUCCUGUACAAAAAAUGCUCUGUGGUACACCAUCUUUGGCAAAAAACAGAAAAACUACAAAAAAAAAUAAUCUUAACUUCUUUUGUUAGCACACAGUUUUUCUUAUGGAUUUAUGGUAGAAUUGAUACUGUGAUUAUGGAUUUUGUUCACUUGAUUUAAUAGGACUACGCAGAGCUGGUUGGUGCUGAGGAAACGAUCGGCACGGAGCAAUAGUCAGAGAAAAGACAUUCCUCCUAACCAGCCUCACAACUCCACACUACUGCAACAGCUCUGCCGCCAGAGUAACACAAACUAGGGCUGGUAAAGAAAAAGAAAAAAAAUCUUCACAGUAUGGUGACAAGAUGAUUUUAAGAGUAAUUAAAGACUUUUUUUUUUUUUUAUUUAUCUAAUUUAUGGACCAGGUUUGAAGGUGUUGUUAAUUUGACUGCUUUUGAUUCUGUCAUGUUGAAGUGCUCCUUUUCUCACGGCGGAGCCUACUUGAGUCUGAACUGCUGUAAAAAAAACAAAAAAACGAAUGUCUGGUAUAGUAAGGACUUUAUCUCUGCUUUCUAUUUCUUAUCGCGACAUUUCCCGUUGUACUUGCCAUCACAUCUCCAUCCAUCUGUAAUACUAUUUGGUUUCUUUAGAAGCCCUCACAUUUGUUUUGUUAGAUUUAAAAAGAAAAAAAACAACAAAAAAACAAGAAACUCGUAUUCCCUCCUGGUUUAUAGACGCAGCGCUGUAAUGCAUACCUAGAAAAAUGUACAGUACGAAAGUAGGUGGACUUUUUUUUAAAUCAGUGAUUGAAGACCCCCCGUGGUCCAUGCUUGCUAUUUGUAAUUUAACAAAAAAAAAUUCUGUUGUCAGUUUUUUUGCAUUGUUACUUUCCAGUUUUUUGAGGCUUGCUUUGAUAGUGCCAGUGAAUUGCAGAUACUUUUUUGGUCUUUGACCUUUUCUACAGGUGACUUAUCCUCCAUCAUCAUUAAGGGCUAUCACAGUGCAUCAGGCAUCAGGCAGUUGGGGCUGGAGUGCAGGACCACAGAGAACCAAGUCAUCCACUUCCUCUUUAUAAACGGAGGUUACUCGCAGUAUGUGUUCUAAGAAGUAUAGGCAGGGUGUUCAUGCAAAUAUAAGGUGUGUGUGUAGAGAGCGUUUACCAACACUAAGCAGUUUUCUUCGUGUUUGUUUCUUUUUUUGUGAUGUAUCUGGCCCUUUGGUGAGUUAGGUGGACCCAGUAUGUGUCUCUGACCUUCACUACUUCACGUGUGUUUGCACUGGUAUCACAGUGUUACCUGUAACGCCUCUCGCAGUGUAGAAACACGUCUCACUAAAAGACACUGCUAACCAGGACAAGUGUUGCAUUUUCCUCCCAAGUAUGAGUUUUACCUGAAGCCAAGAAAUCUUAAUGGUCAUACUGGUGUUUGUGUAUUUUAACCCAUUAACUACAAAUCUUAAGCUUCGUUGUUGAGCAUUUUUACAAUUUAUAGUUUGAGUUCCAAUUAACCAGGCAGCUUCUGGUUUCUAUUAAUGACACUAAGGUUUGUGGGUCUUCUUUUCCCCCUUUUCUCAAAUUGUUGUUACGCGAUAAUUGUGGCAGCGAGCAGCGAUGCUCUCAAAGAAGCUCUUAAAGCUUUUGAUUGGUCGACGUAAGCAUAUCCUAGAUCUGCACCAAUCCUUAAAUCAAAGUAAUGGUAAAAACUGCCUUAAAUCCCCAAAUCCGGCGUUUGUUUUCAGAACAUAAACGCAUCAUGUGGCAGUGAUGCAAUGAUCCAACUCCUCUGAUAUCUCAGAGAAUCUGCUGGUACCCAGUACUGAUGCCAACCUCAGUGUGAGCUGUUGCAUUGGGAUCAUUCUAUCUUAAAGUCACAGCUCAGAGAUUACUGUGACAUUAUAAACUGAGAGUUUUGUUCAAACUUAACAGAAACACUACAAUGAAAGACACUGACAAAGAAACUAGAUGGAUGAGUUUUGUUUGAGACCUGACCAGCUCAAUUAUUUGCUUUUUUUUGUUGAAACAAACCACAAGCUGCCUGGAAAAAAGGAAAUCAAACUGUAACACCUUACACAAGGUUUGAAAACCAUCCAAGUUAAUGGUGCUAAAGUACAUAUUUUGAAUAAUGCCAGUGUGUUCCUAAACUGCCAUUUUGUCUGCUGUAAAUUACACUUAACCUUGUUUUGUGGAGGAAGCAGACCGCCAUCCUUCAGACAGCUGUCAUAAAGAGGGCCUUGAUGCCAGUAUUUAAGUGGAACGAUUAUACCAGUAUGAUUACCCAAGUAUUUAUCAAUGGUUGUGUUGAGAUUUACUGUGUGUUGAGUGCAGCUUACUUUAAUAGUGAAGAAACUGAUGUAUUUUUAAAACUUGACACUACAACUCUGGCACAUGGUGAAGGGCUGACUCUCUUUUUAGUGUGGAUGUGGUAGUUUGUUGGCAGCCCGUCGUUGCAGUGUGUUAACAUUAUCUCAGCGUACAGGAGCUGGACAGAGGGAAGGCAGCCGCGUGCGACACUUAAAUCUCCUUCUUGCUCUUUCGUUCUCGUCCGUUUUUUGGAGCAUUAACCAGUGAAUAUACUGGACUGGUUUUUCACUACAAUUCUCUCUUAUUUAUUGCCUCUCAUUGCCUUGAAUAGCGACAGAUGGCGUUCCCAGCCUGCUGCGGUUUCAAAGCGUGCUCUGUGACCUUGUGGCGGCCGGGAGGUGUUUGAUGUUCCCUCCUGUGGGCUAGUUGGAAUAGGUGGAAUCAAACUUAUCCUUUGGACAUCAGUAUGAAGUCGGUGCAUUUUCAUAAACUUAACCUUGCUCCCCCCACUUUUUUUUUGGUGUGCGUAUGUUUUCAUUUUUUUCUCUGUGUAUUAUAAGAAGACAUUACCAGAACACUAUUAUUUAGGACCACAAUGAUUUGUUUUUCCUCACUCCAAUGAAACCUGGAGGUCAGUUGUGUAUUGUUGUAUAAAAUACUGUUUUUCUUUCCUUUUUAUUUUGUAUGUAAACCAAAUGUAAAUUAUGUAUUAUACUGAGUGUGCCAACCCCACUCUUUAUCUAGAGCCCGGCUCUCUCUUAAGUGCCAACGCUGUGGUCAUCAUCAGAAGGACCACCGCCCGAGAUGGUCUCCCCUUUUUAAAUAGAACAUACCAGAGACUAAAAGGAUAAAUGAUUAAGUACAAAACACUUUAUUCUGUAUUUAAGAUUGAAGAUUUAAAAGAUAAUCUGCUGUUUUUUGUUUUUUUUUAAGAAACUGUAAUUACAAUUGCAUGUGCUGUUUAUUUUGUGUUGGAAGUGAGGGUUGGAUGUUUUCAUUGAAGCAGAUUCCUUAAUAAAGGGGGUUCAAUCAGUUGGUUAUUAUCGAUUAUUGAUUUACAUAACUCUUGCCAUAUUUUUUUUUUAUGUGUUUCAUGUAUUUGUUUCAACCACUGUUGCCUGAUCCUCAUUCAAACAUGAACAUGACUUACGAUCGUUAUCGCCUUCUAAGAGAGAAACAUAAUGACAAGGUAUCUGUUUUAAAUUGAAAUAAAUUUGUUCCUAUACUUGC